AUGCCCAACCGCCAUGAAAUCGACAAAGACGGAGAUCUCAUUCUCCAGCUCAGUCGUGUGGGUCUAUACGAUGCCGAGGACGAGGUUGCUGAGGACGAGGCGAGCAGCGAGGACGCCGACGAGAAGCUCGCGAACUACGAACAAGUCGCAAACGAUGAACUCAGGGUGUCUUCCAAGGUCCUCGCCUUAAACUCUCCAGUCUUCAAAGCGAUGCUGGGGGGAAGAUUCAAAGAAGGCACCGAGCUCGCCGAGAACAUGGGGUCCCCAGAGCCAUACAGCAUCGACUUCCCGGACGACGACGUCGAGGCCAUGACCAUUUUGUGCCAGAUCCUUCACAACGUCUACGUUUCCGAGAGACCAAAACCGAUGGGUCUCUCUCGGCUGGCUUCCAUCGGCGACAAAUACGAGUGCAUCAAUGCGUUGAAAUACUGCGGCAUGGUCUGGAUCAGAGACUGGCUUCAGGAUUUCGAAGAGAACGAACCGGCAAUGGUCGACUUCUGUCAUCUUCUCGUGUUUUCCUAUGUGAUAGAUCUCCCUUCAGAAUUCUCGGAGAUUUCUUGGAGAAUGUUUCUUUACCACGAAGGCCCGUUUUCAUCAACGUCGGAUCAAAUCAAGGUCUUGGUAGACCAUCCCCUUCUUAGGCACGACAUCAUCCAUUGUCUCGAGCAAAGGCGACACGAGUGUUGCAACACAUUCUACAAAGGCCUCAUUAACCCUGCGACUUGGAGCUGGGAUAUCUCACAGAACCCAUGCGUAAGGUCUGCAAGGUCACUCGGCGCUUACAUGGAAACUCUCCGCAAGUUCAAUGUUCUGCCCAGAGACAUUGACUUUGCGACACACAGAUUCUGCCACCUGCUUGAAACGGCGGUUGACCUUCCCAAAAUCACCAUGGCAGAUUUCUCUUGCAUCAGGGAGAUAGGGGUCUGCGGCUGUCGAACGAACAAGUACUUCAACCAAAACCUGACGGACGAAGUCGAGAAGGAAGCAAGGAAUAUCAUCCAGAAGAGGAGGGUUUUCAACUGUCUUGACUGCCUGAAGAGCGACGGGGCGUCUGGCGCAGCCAGGUCAUGCCGUAUCCGUCACUUCAAGUAG